AUGCCAACGCCCCCAGCUGCAGCUGAAAUGAACACAUUGGACCCUGGUUUUGGGUCUGCUAUCACCUCAAUUCCCAUCCAUGCUGCAAACCCAGCAUUUGGGAUUGGAAGGGUAAUUAAGUCGAACAAUACCAACUACAGCGAAGGUGACAUAGUGAUCAGCCCUGUCACACCUUUGGCGGAAUAUUGUGCGGUAUCAUCUCAAUCUAUAGCAAGAAAGAUUGAUCCAGAUUCUGGGAUUUCAAUGCCUGAAUAUAUUAGCUUGCUAGGGGAACCUGGGUUUGCAGCAUGGGUAGGAAUUGAGGUGCUAGCAGACCCAAAAGCAGGGUCCAAUGUGUUCAUUUCAGCCGCAGCUGGGGGCAUUGGCAUGUAUGCCGGGCAGUUGGCCAAGCUAAAAGGCUGCAGGGUGGUAGGGAGCAUCAGAUAA